ACUCUUCAACAGCUGUCUGAGUUCUCCACUAGGGUUAGGGUUUAACCGAGGAUCUCUCUAGGGUUAGGGUUUUCACUACCAUGGACGCCACCAAGAAGAGGAAGAUGGACGAAAACGGCCUCGUAUCCACCGACGGCGACUCCCUCACCAAGCUUGCUCCCGAAGACGCCCGCAAAAUAAUCGAGCCCUUCGGUCACGAUCAACUUCUCGAGAUCCUCCAGAACGCCGCCGUCCGCCACCUCGACGUCCUCGACGCCAUCCGAUCUAUCGCCGACCGCGACCUCACCCAGCGCAAGUUGUUCAUUCGCGGCCUCGGCUGGGACACCACCACUGAAGGGCUUCGCCAGCUCUUUUCUGCCUACGGCGAGCUCGAAGAGGCCGUGGUGAUUCUCGAUAAGGUCACGGCAAAGAGUAAGGGUUACGGGUUUGUGACGUUCAAGCACGUGGAUGGGGCUUUGCUGGCUUUGAAGGAGCCCAGCAAGAAAAUUGAUGGGAGGAUGACGGUUACGCAGCUUGCGGCUUCCGGGUUGUCGGGUCCGGCCUCGAACGCGUCGGCGGUGGAUGUGUCCAUGCGGAAGAUUUAUGUGGCGAACGUGCCGGUGGAUAUGCCAGCGGAUAGGCUGUUGGCGCACUUUUCGUCCUAUGGGGAAAUUGAGGAGGGGCCGUUAGGGUUUGAUAAGCAGACAGGGAAGUCGAGGGGCUUCGCUCUUUUUGUGUACAAGACUGCUGAGGCGGCGCAGGCCGCUUUAGUCGAUCCAACGAAGAUGAUCGAUGGGAGGCAACUGGUUUGCAAAUUGGCGAUAGAGGGGAAGAAGGGGAAGACCGGAGGUCCUGCUCAGGCGCCAACUGGGGUUCCUGGAGAAGCGGGACACGGUGACGGGCUUGGAGGGCCACCACAGGGGUCUAUGCCCGGUUCUCUUGGUUCGCAGUAUCCUGGUGGGCCAGGUGGGAUUUCUGCGUAUGGUGGGUUUUCCGGUGGCCCUCCACCGUUGGGUCAUCACCAUCCUUUGAACUCAUCCUUGCCAUCAUCGCUCGGUGGUGGGCCGGGGUUGUCAAGUCAGGUUCCAUCAUCUUUGGGUGGCAGUGCUGGGUAUGGUGCUGGGUUGGGUGGUCCUUAUGGUUCUGCCCACUAUGGAGGGCCCAAUUCAGCAGGCUAUAGCGGGUUGGGCGGAGCUGGAGGAUUGGGAGGUGCUGCUGGGGCAUUAGGAGUGGCUGGUGGUGCACUGGGCGUUGCUGGAGGUGGGUCUUCAUUGUAUAGGUUGCCACCGAGUACUGUUGGAAUGCCUUCAGGUGGGUAUCCUGAUAGUGGGCACUAUAGCCUGUCAUCUUCCUCGGCCUAUCCUAGCCAGAUCCAUCAGCCAGCAGGGACGUCUCCGGUGCCUAGGGUUCCACCAGGGGGAAUGUACCCAAGCGGCCCCCCUUACUAUUGAGGUGUUUGACAGCUUUUUGGGCGCAGAUGCUUUUAGUGGUUCUGGUGAUUGCGUGAAUGGAGACCGUAUAAAUUCUCGUUUGAUGAGUUUAUUACCUGUGCAUUAAAGGCCACUUCUUCAGUUCAUCUGCACCUUUGACAUGUGGAUCAUUUCUGAGUGAUGAUGGUAGUCAGUUACUGAGUUAGACUAGUUUCUGUACUUCUUAUCUGAAACCAAUGUGCCUUUUGGCUUUUAUAUUAUAAAUAAUAUAAUUUUCAUAUUAUAAGUAUUGGAUUUAAGUUUUACUGCCUAAGUGUAUGGUGGUUGAUAUUAAAACUGUUCUUUUA